AUGCGAGCCACCUUCCUAGGCCUUGUUGGCCUCCUCCCUGUGGCCUAUGCCCAAUGUCCCUACAUGGCGGCGCGCGACACCCCUGGCAGUGGCGCCGCCGGGGAUACCGAGGAAUUCCUGUCGCAAUACUACUUGGAUGACAGUGAUAGCUUCAUGACCUCCGACGCCGGGGGACCCAUUGCCGAUCAGGACAGCCUUCAGGUCGGUGAUCGCGGUCCGACCCUGCUGGAGGAUUUUAUCUUCCGCCAGAAGAUCCAGCGAUUCGACCAUGAGCGGGUCCCGGAACGCGCCGUCCACGCCCGCGGCGCUGGCGCCCACGGUGUCUUCACCUCGUACGGGGACUACUCCAACAUCACGGCGGCCUCGUUCCUCAGCAAAGAGGGUAAGGAGACACCCGUCUUCCUGCGCUUCUCCACCGUCGCCGGCAGUCGCGGCAGCUCCGAUCUCGCGCGCGAUGUCCACGGUUUCGCGACCCGCUUCUAUACCGACGAGGGCAACUUCGACCUAGUGGGAAACAAUAUCCCCGUCUUCUUCAUCCAAGACGCCAUUCUCUUCCCGGAUCUGAUCCACGCCGUUAAGCCGCGCGGUGACAAUGAGAUCCCGCAAGCUGCCACGGCACACGACUCCGCCUGGGACUUUUUCUCUCGCCAGCCCAGCACCAUGCAUACGCUGUUCUGGGCCAUGGCUGGCCACGGUAUCCCCCGGUCGUUCCGCCAUCUGGAUGGGUUCGGCGUGCAUACCUUCCGGUUUGUCACCGACAAGGGCGAGUCCAAGCUGGUCAAGUUCCACUGGAAGUCUUUGACCGGCAAGGCGAGCAUGGUCUGGGAAGAGGCCCAGCAGGUGUCGGGCAAGAAUGGCGAUUUCAUGCGCCAGGAUCUGUUCGAGAGCAUUGAGGCGGGCCGGUUUCCCGAGUGGGAGCUCGGUGUCCAAGUCAUGGAUGAGGAGGAUCAGCUUCGCUUCGGGUUCGACCUGUUCGAUCCCACCAAGAUCGUGCCCGAGGAGCUCGUCCCCAUCACCAAGGUGGGCAAGAUGACGCUCAACCGCAACCCUCGCAACUACUUUGCUGAAACCGAACAAGUCAUGUUCCAACCCGGCCACCUCGUCCGCGGAAUCGACUUCACCGAGGACCCCCUCCUGCAAGGCCGCCUCUUCUCCUACCUGGACACGCAACUCAACCGCAAUGGCGGUCCCAACUUCGAGCAGCUGCCCAUCAACCAGCCGCGUGUGCCCAUCCACAACAACAACCGCGACGGUGCCGGCCAGAUGUUCAUCCCGCUGAACCCCCACGCCUACUCCCCCAGCCAGGGCGCCCCCCAGCAGGCCAACCAGACCGCCGGCAAGGGCUUCUUCACGGCCCCGCACCGCACCGCCAAGGGCGCCUUCACGCGAUCCGUGUCGCCCUCCUUCGCCGACGUCUGGUCGCAACCGCGCCUCUUCUUCAACUCGCUCAUCCCCGCCGAGCAGCAGUUCAUCAUCAACGCGAUGAGCUUCGAAACCUCCAACCUCAAGAGCCCCGUCGUCAAGCAAAACGUCAUCAUGCAGCUCAACCGCAUCAGCAACGACGUCGCCUGCGCCGUCGCCCGCGCCAUCGGCAUCGCCGAACCCAAGCCGGACCCAACCUACUACCACGACAACACCACCGUCAACGUCGGCGCCUUUGGCCACAAGCUCUUCAAACUCGACGGCCUCAAGGUCGGCAUCCUGGCCUCCAACUCCGUCCCGGAAAGCACCUCCUCCGCCAAGACCCUCGCCGACCAGCUCGCCCGCGUCAACGUUGACGUCGUUGUCGUUGCGGAACACCUCGCCGACGGCAUCGACCAAACCUACGCCGCCUCCGACGCCAUCCAAUUCGACGCUGUCAUCGUCGCCUCAGGCGUCGCCGACCUGUUCACCCAGCGCUCCCUCAUUAAACCCACCGCCUCGUACCCCGCCGGCCGCCCCCUCCAAAUUCUCGUCGACGCCUUCCGCUUCGGCAAAACCGUCGGUGCUCUCGGCGCGGGCGACUCCGCCCUCAAAGACGCAGGUAUCGCCUCUGACCGUCCGGGCGUCGUCGUCGCCAAGGACGCCGGCAAGGGCUUUGUAGAUAGUCUUACUGAUUCCCUGACGACGUUCAAGUUCUUGGAUCGGUUUGCUACGGGUGCCUAG